AAAAAAAAAGAAAGUAACAUCUGUUCCCACGCCUGCCAAAAUUCCAAAGCAUUGCCACUUCUGCUGGAAUUUGGCCGUCGCUUGUUUCAGUGGGAAACCCGCCAAUUUCGGACUCUUCUCUCACUAUCUCUAAUUUUUGUGUUUUUCUUUCAAUCUUUUACCGACUUUCUAAAUAUAGAAAUUAAUACUAAUAAUAAAUAAUAAUAAAAACAACAAAAUCAUGUUUUUUAUUUUUUUAUUUUUUUAAUUUUUUUAAACCAAUACUCUGUUUUUCUUUGCACUAUUUUCUUGACCAUUUCAAUUAAAUUUCCAAGCUUUUCCUGUGUAGUUUGUAUUUGUUAAUAAAUUAUUAUUUAUUUAUUUAUCUUUCUUUUCGGUUAGUUUCUUUUUUUUUUUUAUUUUUUCCCCGUCUUUUUAGCCUCUUACAUUUUCGGUUAAGUUCUGUUUUCUCUUUCAUGUUUUCGUUUCUCUAGAAACUAUUAUUCUGGUUACUCAAAUGCCUUUCUUUUUGUUUUUUGUUUUUUGGCUUCUGUUUUUUUCUAUCUGGGUUCUGUUGGGUAUACCAAAGGAAGAUUCUUCAUUGAUUAUAUCUAAUACCAAGAAUUCAAUCCAAAUCUUCCAAAAUUCUAGCAAAUCAAAUUCCAAGUUUCUUAAAAGCUGCUCUACAUCUAUCAAAGGAACUUUGAUAGAGAUUUGAAGAUGCAGCAACAAAUGGGACAGCUUGAUGACGAGCUCAAGAAGAUGGAGGACAAACUUUAUGUAGUAGAGGAAGAAAGAGAUCGAGCACUUGCAGAGCUUAGAUCAAUGAAAAAGAUGGCGGAUGAGGAGGCCAACAAGAGAAAACGUGAUGAACAAUCUGCUCAGAAGGCUCUGGAGAUGCAAAACUCCAUGAAGGAAAUGCUAUCGGAGGCAAAAGAAGAAUUGAAAACCAAAGAGAAAAUCAUCAACUCUCUGAAACUCGAGCUCCAAAAAUCCAAUGAAAUGGAGCUCAAACUAUCAGAGAAAGAUAUCUCAUUGAACAGCUUGAAAGAUCAGCUUGCCAUAGCCAAAUCCUCUGAGUCCAAUGCAUUGGCUUUGUUAUCUGAAAGAGAGAAACAUAUACAUGAAUUGGAAGCAGAAGUAGAGAAUGGUAAAAAAGCAGAGGCGAAAAUACUCGAUUCCUUGAUGAACCAGACAGAGCAGCUUGAAGAAACAAGAAUUUUGCUACAAGAAUCGAAAACCGAGAUCAAGUCUCUCCUUCAAAAGGUUGAAAAUUUGGAAAACUCUCAAAAUUCUCAUGACGACUCUGAGCUUCAAUCGGCGAAAGAAAAGCUGUCCAACUCCGAAAAGGCCGAGAAACUUGCUUGGGAGAAGACCAAGACUUUGAUCGAGGAAAUGAAUUUGAUGAAGAACGAAUUGAGAGCGGCGAAGGAAGCUGAAGAAAACAGCAAAAAAGCAUUGGAUGAUCUAGCAUUGGCUUUAAAAGAAGUUGCUACAGAAGCUAAUCAGGUGAAAGAGAAACUCGGUUUAGCACAGGCAGAGCUAGAUCAUUCAAGAGGAGAAGAAGAUCGUCUAUCAUUGAUAUUGAAAAGCACUGAAGAGAAAUUCAAAGUAUUGUUGGAUGAAGCCAGAAAAGAAGCCGAACUCUAUAGGAAUACCGCAGAGAGGUUGAGAUCAGAAGCUGAAGAAACACUUCUUGCUUGGAAUGGCAAAGAAACUGGCUUGGUUGAUUGCAUAAAGAGAGCUGAAGAAGAAAGGUAUGAAGCGCAACAAGAAAGUAUUAGAUUGCAUGAGAUGCUGAAUGAAGCCGAGAAGAAGUCGAUUGCGGCGAAGGAAGAGAAUAACAAGCUGAGGGAUAUACUCAAGCAGGCAUUGAAUGAAGCAAGUGUUGCCAAAAAUGCUUCAGGGAUUGCUAAGGAAGAGAAUUCCCAACUCAAAGAUAUCAUCGCUGAGAAAGACAGGAACUUGAAUUUUCUCACUCAGGAAAAUGAGAAUUUCCGGAUGAAUGAAGCUGCAGCUCUUGAGAACAUCAAGGAGUUGAAAAGGUUGCUGUUUGAAGCAACAAUGAUGGAGAAUGAUAACAAUAAUAACAACAAGAAGGAAAAGGAGAAACCGCCUUUGAAGGAUUCGAGGAAGGAGGAGAAGGAGAAAACACAUUCAAAGGAGAUGAAGAAGGAGGAUCAAAAGGAAGGUGGACACGGUAAUAAAUUGAAGGCAAGUAAUUUAGUAGACAAGGAAGAAAAAGAACCUGGAGAGUAUAAACCAGGUAAAACUGUGAGUUUGAAUAUCAGUGAGGCACUUAUGAAAGGAUCAAUAUUUGGUAAUGCAGAUACCCCAAAAUCCGAAAUAAUAGAUCAUCAUAUUCAGAGAAGCAAGACUACUGUAUUGAAUGGUGAUGAAGGAGAAACGGAUCAUUCAGAUCAUGAUUCUGAUCAUGAUCAGAACCUAGAUGAAAACCAUUCUGAUCAUGAACAUGACCAUGAUCAUGAUCAUGAUGCAGAGAAUGAGAGAAGCAAUAGAAAAAAGAAAGCAUUGAUUUGGAGAUUUGGUGAUCUUCUAAAGAAAAGAAGUACACAUGGCCACAGAAAGGAACCGCCAUUUGAAUAGACUAUAAAUCUUGUAUUUGCUGUAACCACAUGUAAAUUUUGUUACCAAAAAGUAGCAUACUUGUAGUAGAAAUUUGAAAUACAAAUAUUGUUUGGUUAUCACCGUA